UGAUCGGACGAUUACAAAUAUUGCGUAAUAAGUAAUAAACAUGAGAUAUUGAAUGGCAGAUGAAUCUUUAGUUUAUAUUUCGCUGUGUAGCGACAAACAUAUAUAUUGGGAUAACGGAAUCUUUUAAUUCGCAAAAGUGGCGCGAAUAAUGGACGUGAUAGUGGUAGGCUGCGGCGCUGCCGGUAUCUCUGCGAUGAGGAAGCUGCAUGACGCUGGUCUGCAGGUCUUGGGGCUUGAAGCGGCUGACAGGAUCGGUGGAAGAAUCUGUACUGUUGAGUUUGGGGGGAAACCCAUUGAUAUUGGUGCUGCUUGGUGCCACGGAGAAAAAGACAACAAGGUCUUCGAGAUAGCGAAUCCCUUAGGUCUUAUUGGUCGUUCUGAUCCUGACACCAACUUUUACUUACGUUCCAACGGUGCCUUAGUUCCUGAAGACGAAGCUACAGGAAUCCUGAAGGCGUUGGAUGAUGAGGUGGGGUCUGCUAACAAGUACAGCAAGGGAUCCAUAUCGGCGUGUGUCAGGAAUGCAGCUAACACCAACGACGCCUUAAAGAAAAAUCCAGAGCUCUCUCGAUCUUUCAUUGAAUGGUAUGAAAGGAACAACCAUUUAGGAGGCCAGGACGACCCGAAGACUGGGAAAUCUUUACGCGGAUUGGUGGAAUUCUGGAACAGCGACGGUGAUCCAUUUUUAAACUGGAAGGGAAGGGGUUACAAGACCAUUCUUGAUGUUUUGAUGAAUAAAUACCCCGACCCUUCCAAGGAGAUACCUCUACAAAUUCUCCUGAACAAGGAAGUGGAGAACAUUCGCUGGGGGAUCACACAAAUGGGAAUAGACCCGAGCAACCCGCUGGUACAAGUUAAGUGUAAGGACGGAAGCUUGUAUGCAGCUAAGAGUGUCAUUGUUACUCUUUCUGUUGGAGUUUUGAAAGAAAGACACGAACAACUCUUCUACCCCCAACUGCCUCAAGAAAAAGUGACCUCAAUCCAGAACCUAAACAUGUGCGUCUUAGACAAAAUUUACAUCGAAUUCGAGAAGCCCUGGUGGCCCAAGACUCCCGCCAAAUUCACCAUACUAUGGCGAGAAGAGGACAAGGCGAAAUUUACAGGAAAGGACCAAUGGGUGACUGAGAUUUUUGGUCUAUGGACUAUAGAUUAUCAGCCUAAUGUGCUGUUGGCUUGGAUCUAUGGAAAAGGGGCUGAAAUGAUGGAGAAGGCUAGCUUGGAAGAAGUUCAGGCUGGAGUGAAGAAGUUGUUGGAUACUGUGGUCACGGAAUUUAAGGUUUCGCCGAUAAAGGAUUUGAUCAGGACAAAAUGGGCAUCCAAUAAGCUAGCACGGGGUGCAUACGCCUACCGUACAGUGGCCCUAGAAGAAAAUGGCGGCAGUGCCAUUGUACUAUCAGAACCUUUGUAUCACGCGAACAAAUUCCCCGUAGUAUGUUUCGCGGGUGAAGCCACGUCUCAUCACAGACAUAGUGGUGUUCAUGGGGCUGUGGAGUCAGGGUUCAGGGAAGCUGAUCGCCUGAUUGAAACCUUCGAAGAGUUUGGGUUUAAGUAACUGGUGACUAAAAAGGUUGUGAUACUUUUUGCAGUGUGUUUGUUUAUGGUAACUUUGUCUACGGCGUUCUUCUCUGGAAUUUCGAUAUGAUCUAAGCUAAAAAUUUUAAUUGACUUUUUACGUUUAAUGUUUGCCAUAUUUCUUCUUAAAUUCUAGUUUCUAAUGUUUGGACUGAUUCAAUGCACUGCAAAAUUGACUAUCAAAAUAUUUUUUAGGUACAGAUUUAUAAAGGCUGUUAUUUAAAUGUUUAUAACAAUUUAUGUUGAAAGUAAAAUGCAAUUUAAAUCAAAAA